AUGCCGGAGCUGUCUGGUCAAGGAGUUGCAAUGCCUUCGAUUCCCUCUAGCCUCGUCAGCUCGGUGUGUGACGCGUUAGCCACAUCAUGUCUUGCGCUACUUCGGCGUAUUGAUGGGAUCUUCGAAGCAGAAUACUCUAACCACGAGCGAUGCAAAAAGACACCCCAGUUCGACCCAUGUACGGGUGGGUCGGACGGGAAAACUGCCGCGGGGAGGGCCGAGUACGCCGGGAUCGAGCACGCUUCGCAUACCCAGCAGGUCUGGGAACAGGAGGUUGGCCAGCAGCCUUCAAUACACAUCAGGGAUGAAAGAAGAUACACGACUGCGUACACACAUCGAGCUUAUCACAGAGUGGGGAUGCGGUAUUACACUGGCCGCAAGAAUGUUAUGAAGACUGUUAUCUCCGAGGAUCUUAAGUACCCCAUGCGUCAAGAUGCACCGGGAGAACGGCUAGUGUCUGUUAGAAGUGCUUGUCAGGAGCCCGAAGAUCCCCUUGUGAAGCUGCACAUAGCCGCGAUGGCGACGCCAGGAAACCAUUUAUCUGAUGCCGUGGAGUGUUCGCAAAGUGACCCCAGAUUGGGUUAUAGCGGGGUAAGUAUGGCUCAGCGCAGACCACUGAGAGCUAUCUCUCCAUUGCCACCGAAACAGAGAGAAGGAUAUUACGGAUUUCCAAUGGCCCGUAUCGAAUACGGCGGGGGCUGUGUUUCUAACAGAAUGGUGGCUCUCCCGUUUGUGGAUAAGUCAUUCGCAUGA